AUUGAGAUUGAAAAAGAAAUUGUUUAAAAAUCCCACAAAAAAAGAAAAUAUGAAUGAAAAAUCCCAUGAAAAGUGAAAAAUUGAAGAAAGCAAAAGAAAAAAAAAUUAAAGGAAAAAAUACCUAUAUGGGGUCGAAAAAGGCACUCUAACUUAAGUGACUGACUGUCUGACACACACACACACAAACACGAAGAUGAAGAAGGACACCAGAAAACCAGACCAGGGGAUUAUGAAAGUCAAAGUUGGUGCUGCUGCUGGUGUCCUCUCAGUGGCAGGAUAAUGUGAAGAGAAGAGAUUUUUUUUUUUUUUUGGUUUGGUUUCUGAGGGGUCUUUAAAAAAACGAAGUCGAAAAAUAACGAUACAGCAACAACAGUAAAAACUUCUUCUCCGCCAAUGGCCAAAGCAAAGCAAGCAGCCAACCAAACAAAACUUAAAACAAACUUACAUAUCCCCAUGUACACAUACGCGCUCCCCACUCACUCAAACACACACACACACAUACAUACACUCAGGCACACGGCCACACAUGUACAAACACGCAUUGCCAAACAAGUGUAAUGAAAAUUCCAAGUGCGAAUAGCUGCUGCUGCUAAUUGGGAAAAAUAUUUACACGAAAAAUUUUCCAACAAGAAUUUGCUGGUGAGCAGAGCACAGCACGGUCAUCCAUUUUAAUUAAAACAUUCGGCGAAAAAAAUAAUAAAAAAAGAAAAUGUUAUACAAGUGUUUGUGUGUAUUGGUAUGUUUAUUGUUUACAGGUUUUUUUGGAAUUUUGUUAGCUUAGUUUUUGACAAAAACAAGCAGCAGUAACAGCAACAACAACAAGAAAAAAAUAUAAAUAAUUGCAAACAAACGAGAAAAAGGAACAACAAACAACAAGUGCAGAGUAUUUUCAACGGUCACUGUGACGUUUGUAUAGCUUAGCAAAAUACAUUUUCUAUACACCAACACAGAACACACAUACAUAGUAGAUAUAUAGACACGUACAAGGAGAAUCAUAUUUGCUUUCCUUGUUUUUGCCUUGGAAGAAAAAAGAAAGUUUUGGCGAAUUGUCAUAGGAAAGGAAAGAAGAAGAAGCGUUGCUUUGCCCCUGCAUCAAAGGACUGGCAACGGGAGAAGUAACACAAACACAAACACAAACGAAAACCAAAAGCCUUGAGGCGAUCAAAGUUAAAGGAAAACGUAUAUUUUAAAAGUUCAAAACGCAUAUAACGAAUUAAGUGAAAAUACACCAAAAAAAAAGGAGAUACAAACCCCGAAUCGAAUCGAACCGAAACAAAGGAAACAAAGCUUUAAAACAAGAAGAAGAAGAAGAAAAAACACACACACAUAUACCCCGCAGCCAAAAGCAAGAGCAAGCAAGCAAGCAACCAGCCAGCCCUUAAUUUUGGAACGUGAAAUAAAAAAGUAUUAUUUUUCAUAACUAAUUUAUUGGCUGGAAUCCUCCCUUUAAACGGCGAGCGGAAGAAUAAGCAAAGUAUUUUAAGAAAAUCACCAGCAUCGUCAUCAUCAUCAGCAUCGCCAUCCUUCUUCUUUAGGCCAUAAACAAAACAGCAGCGACGACAUGUCUUCACCAGCCACCCAACAUCCACCAUCAACACAGCAGCAACAGAAAACUUCAGCGGCAACCAGCAGCGGCAACAACAACAUACAUGACAAACAAACAGCCGUAAAUUCAAACAAAGCCGCAGCCUCAGCAGCUGGCAGCGGAGGCGGCGGCGGUGGUGGUGGCACCACACAAACCGGCAACAAUGUCCAUGACAGCCCCAUCAAGAAGCCGCCAUUGAAUACCAAAGAUCGCGUCAUUGACAGUGUCCCCUUUCCGCCAAGUCGCAAGCUAACCUCAGCCGACAUCUUCGAUCCGCGGACCGGCAAACCCCAUCACGAUGUGCUCAAGCAACACUUCAUUUUGGAGGGGCGCAUCGAGGAGGAUGCCGCCUUGCGAAUUAUACGCGACGGUGCCGCCUUACUGAGACAGGAGAAGACCAUGAUCGACAUUGAGGCCCCGGUCACGGUGUGCGGCGACAUCCAUGGCCAGUUCUAUGAUCUGAUGAAGCUGUUCGAAAUUGGCGGCUCGCCGGCCACCACAAAAUACCUGUUCUUGGGCGAUUAUGUGGACCGAGGCUAUUUCAGCAUUGAGUGUGUUCUCUAUCUGUGGUCGCUGAAGAUCACCUAUCCCACAACUUUGUUUUUGCUGCGCGGCAACCACGAGUGCCGCCACUUAACCGAAUACUUCACAUUCAAACAGGAGUGCAAGAUGAAAUACUCGGAACGAGUAUACGAUGCCUGUAUGGAAGCAUUUGAUUGUUUGCCGCUGGCGGCUCUCAUGAACCAACAGUUCCUUUGUGUCCAUGGCGGGUUGUCGCCAGAGAUCCAUGAACUCGAUGACAUACGCCGCUUGGAUCGUUUCAAGGAGCCCCCAGCCUUCGGACCCAUGUGCGAUCUGCUGUGGUCCGAUCCGCUGGAGGAUUUCGGCAACGAGAAGAAUUCCGAUUUCUAUACGCACAACUCGGUGAGGGGCUGUUCAUAUUUCUAUAGCUAUGCGGCUUGCUGUGACUUUCUCCAGAACAACAAUCUGCUGUCGAUAAUACGGGCCCACGAGGCGCAGGACGCCGGCUAUCGUAUGUAUCGCAAAUCGCAGACGACAGGAUUUCCAUCGCUCAUCACCAUCUUCUCGGCGCCCAACUAUUUGGAUGUGUACAACAACAAGGCGGCGGUCUUGAAGUACGAGAACAAUGUCAUGAACAUCCGCCAAUUCAAUUGUUCGCCCCAUCCCUAUUGGCUUCCGAAUUUCAUGGAUGUCUUCACCUGGUCGUUGCCGUUCGUGGGCGAGAAGGUGACAGAGAUGCUGAUGAAUGUCUUGAAUAUCUGUUCGGACGAUGAGUUGAUGAGCGAACAGGAUGAGCCCUGCUCGGAUGAUGAGGCUGCGGCCCGCAAAGAGGUCAUACGCAAUAAGAUCCGGGCCAUUGGUAAAAUGGCGCGUGUCUUCUCCGUGUUGCGUGAGGAAUCCGAAUCUGUGCUACAGCUUAAGGGUCUGACGCCCACUGGAGCCCUGCCCCUGGGAGCCUUGUCGGGUGGCAAGAAAUCGCUGACGAAUGCCAUGCAGGGCUUCUCGCCAAAUCACAAAAUCGCCUCAUUCGCCGAAGCCAAAGGUUUGGAUGCGGUCAAUGAACGUAUGCCGCCACGGCGUGAUGCCUCGCCGUCACCGGCCGAGGAGGAUCAUCAAAAGACAUUGUCUCAACAGGCAGCCGAAGCGGCAAAUGCCUUAGCCAGUUCCAAUGCGAAUUCAAUCAAUGGAUAAUUCUAAGUCACCAAUCAGCAAAAAACCAAACCAACAACCAUACACACACACCCCCCCAAACCUACUCUAAAGUCAGUCACUUAAACAUGCGAAAAAGAAAUUGGAAAAAGAAGUAAUAAAAGAACAACAAGAAGAGAAUAUGGAAGGAAGGCUUUACUAUAACAACAACUACAUCUCGUCAAAAAGUUUUGCAACUAUCACUACUCUCGCUGUCUCUCUCUCUCGCUCGCUUCACAUUUUCAUUCUACAAUCGUACUACCUAUGUAUCUAUUCUAUUUACCGAUCUGUCGGAACUGUUUUCCCCAUCUAUCCAUUUCCCUCCUUGGUUUUGAGUACCCCUCUUCGAAUGCUAAGCUGAGAUUGCAAAACACUCUCUGACUUCCAAUCAGUUCAUAUGAUGUACUUAAACUCUCUACCGGGUCUCUCACUCUCUCUCGCCCUACAGUUGUCUGCAUCAUCGUAAGUGUUGUGAAAGGAGCAUGAAAUAUGCAAGCCGAAAAACAACAACAACCAAAAAAAAAAACAACAAAAGCAACCACAAUAGCAGCAGCAACUGUAAUGCAAAUUAAGAUAAAAGAAGUAAUUACUUAAUAAUUUUUAGCAUAUAUCAAAAGAAAAUAUAUAAUAAAAAAAACAACAACAGCAGAAUACAUUUAAAUUAAUUUUUAAAAUUUUUUCGAAAGAAUUUUUUCCAAAACCACACAAAAAAUAAAAACCGAAAAAGAAAAAUCAUACCAGAAAUAAAAUCACAUUUAUGAAGUUAAAUAAAUUACAAACCAAAAGAAAAAGAAACAAACAAAGAUGAAAUAAAUAAAUAAAAAAUAAGCAAAAAACAACAACAACACACUAUUUAUUAUUAAUAAUGAUAA